GUGGGGCAUGGAGAGAAUUGUGAGGGCUGAGCCCCCCAGGUCGAUCAUGGGGGCUCCUCGGCCCCCCAGUCUGAAGUAGAGUAGGCCUGUGAGGGAUUCUGGUGAACAUGGGUCUUCAUGGUGACGUUUUUCCUGGGACAAUGAAUUUCAAGGGGUCACAAACAUCUCUGUGGGCCAGUGUCACAGGGCACUGAGCCAGGUAGAUGCUGGAGCCCAAGCAGGACAGAUCUGCUGAGGAGUUGGGGGAAAGCCUCGUCAAUGAAGCCACCAUGAAAGAAAUCGGCCAAACAGAACCAGAUGGAGGUGAAGCCAGCCUUUUGCUGCCUGUCCCAGAUCUGAUAGACUCUGUGAGAAGACACUUAAAUGCCCAAAAGCCUAUUUUAGAUGAUGACCAAUUCAGGAAAACAGAACUCUUGAGCCAUUUUUUUAAAUAUGGCAUUGGAAAAGAUCUGCAUGAAGAGCUAGGGACCCUGGAUGAGCUCCAUCAGGACACCAGCUACAUUUCAGCAAUGUGGAUCGAGGCAUUUUUAGCUCUUCGGGAUUCUAUAGCUUUCCAUAGCAAUGCAGCUCCUGCCUUCCAAGCAAAUCCAAAACCUGAACAGAAUGACCAGCUCACCCGAGUGACCAACCUGACCAUAUCUUCCAUUCAGCUCCUGAAGACCUUCAGGGCUGGAUCCCUUGAGCCAGAGGUCAUGCACCUGUAUCCAGAGAAGACCGACAAUGAACAAUUUAAGAAACUCAUUCAGUUCAUAUCUCCAGAUCUUGUGUGUAUGGCAGCCUCCGUGGUCAGCACCUAUCCUCUGGAUAUGUCUCAAUUCUACAGGCUUUUCAACACAACCCACAUUCCCCUAAAUAAGGAUGACUUGGUCACUGACGAAAGCAGGUGCACAUUUUGGUGCUACGAAAUGGAAAUGUUUAUGUCUUUAAUGUCCUGGAUGAUAAUGGUAAUAUCGUGACGGCCUCAGAAAUCCAUGCCCACCCGAAAUACAUUCUCUCCCAUGAAAGUCCCACCCCUGACUUCCCCGUGGCAUACCUGACCAGUGAAAAUAGAAACACCUGGGCCAAGCUUCGGAAUGAGUUGUUGAAUAAUGGCAAUGAAGAAGCCAUAAGGCUUGUGGAAACAGCCAUCUUCAGCCUGGGUCUAGAUGACUUUUCCGUUACAGAUACUGACCAAUUAGUUCGGACCCUCCACCAUGGGGAGGGGAUGAACCGCUGGUUUGACAAGUCUUUCAACUUGAUCAUCACCAAGGAUGGGUUUGCGGGCGUCAACCUUGAAACCUCUUGGGGGGAUGGUGUGGCCGUGAUCCGUUUCAUGAAUGAGAUCUUUAAAGACAGCACUCAGGAGCCCAUGAUCACACCCUACUCUCACCUCGCUAAUGUGGACUCCUCUUACGUGGUGAGGAAGCUGGACUUGUACCUGAAUGACACCUUAAGAGAGGGUAUUUCUGAAGCCAAGGAAAACUUUGAAGCUAAGAAGAAAUCUUUGACUUUUCAGUGUUUCCACUUUGAGAAAGGAGGGAAGGCCUUCCUCAAGAGGCAGAAGGUGAGCCCUGACGCCAUGAUCCAGCUCUCUCUUCAGAGAGAGCUUUCCUUUCCCCAUACAGGCAGAUGGUACCAACGUAUGAGGCCUGCAGCACCAGGACCUUCAAGCAUGGACGCACAGAGAUCAUUCGGCCUGCCUCUGUUUACACCAAGAGAUGCUCUGAGGCUUUUGUAAGGGUGGCUUUCCGAUACAAAGUGAGGGACCUUCGGAAUAUGCUGUCUGAGUGCUCAGAAUACCAUGUCUGACUGAUCCGAGAGGCAGCGAUGGGUCAGGGAUUCGACAGGCACUUGUUUGCCCUGAGGUUCCUGGCAGCAGCAAAGAGAGGCCCCAUGAUUCCCGACUUCUUCCAGGAUCCUGCGUGUACUUAUCUCAAUGAAAACAUCCUUUUAACCAACACGCUGAGCAGCCCCUUGGUGGCCAACAUCGCUUUCACACCGAUGGUGCCUGAUGGCAUUGCAGUUGGCUACUCCGUCCACCAAGACUACCUGAAGUUCACAGUCUCCUCCCACUGUGGCAGAAACGUCGGCGAGUUCAAUCAGGGAGUGACAAAGUGCUUGGAAAAUGUUUUUGGUAUUCUAGAAGGCAGACCUAUUCAUAGCUAAGGAAGGCCCAUAAAACAAGUGGGAAAGGAUAAGUCAGAAGACUCAACUGCCAGGCUUGGAACCAGCGUUAACUAAAGGCCGACUGUUUGCUCUGGUCUAGGCCUUCCACUUUUUCCCAGAGAAUCUGAAAAUGGAGGGAGAAAAGGGGGGAUCUCUCUCUCUAGAGUUAAGAGACCAAUCUUAUGCCCACUAUCCAUUCAUUCACAUGUUGGCACUCAGCUGUGCCAUCCUCCAAUAAUAAGAGAAGUAUCUUGUUGUCCCUCCAUGCUUCCAUUCAAAAGUGUCCCCUUGUUACUCUUCUGAAAGGCUCUAACACCAGCAUAAGGGAGAACCAUGUGGCUGUAACUCUUAAUGGUAUACAGAAGCCCUGAAGUCUUUCCCGGGUAUCAGAAAUGAUUUUUAUGAGUAGUUACAAGAGUAAACAAGUUCACCCUGUUUGGAGGUAGUUGUGCUACAUAAGAGGAGAAGGGGAAGGAUAACGUAGGACAGCCCUUUUUUCUGGGGUAACUGAUCAAGAGUGAGUUGCACUCUUUGAAUGACAUUGGUUGGGCCUUAUCCGGUGGAUAUGGCGAUGAGGCUUGGGUCUGUCCAGGACACGUGAAGAACAUCCCUCUUCUCCCAACUCUUCCACUUAAAAGUCACUUAACUAUAUGUCCUUGAAGAAAAAAAGUUGGGUCAUGUUAAUAGAGCUUGGCCACACCUUUCAGAUGUAGCUUAUCGGUGCGAAGGAAUUUAGAAUGACUUUCCAAGGCACUUUCACAAGGGGAGCCCCCUCUGAAUGGAAGCUUGAACUGAUUUUUCCCCCAAGAGACAACAAAAUAUUCUGGUCUAGUUAAGUGUCCAAAGCAUAAGGAAUGACUUGUAAGCACUAAUUUGACAAGUCUUUCAUUGUUGAUGUGUUUUAAAAGUUUCUGCAUCACUGAGAAUUAAAGACAAACAAAAAACUCCUAACCUACCAUUUGCUGCAUGUGAAUCAUGUCUCUUUUGAGAGUGGAGACUUGUGUGUUUUGAACACCUGAUAGGUACCUAGUAAAGAUGGUGGUGUUGUGGUGGGUGGUGGUGGUUAUUAAUUGAACGGAUUGCUUCCCCUUUGCAUUUUAGAAAAAUGUGAAUCUAAACUGGAUUCACUUAAGAGUUGAAAUGUCUGUUAAUGAUGUUUUCUCCCUGUGUUUUGGAGAAAAGUUUACAUUUGAAUAAGAAUUCUAC